AUGGACGCGGCAGUUUCCAGGCCAAGAAGAGCUGCUGCGGCGCGAUGGAGCGACGAAGAUAAGAAAUGGAAAGUCAGCGUCAAGGUCUCUGGGGAUAAAGACGAUCAAUUCACACGCUCCUAUACACUGAGCACGGAUUUCCUCAUAUCUGCUGUUGGGCAGUUGAACUUUCCCCGAGAACCAAACAUUCCCGGGUUGAAGGAGUUCCGUGGGAAGAUGAUGCAUUCAGCGCGAUGGGACUGGACAUAUAACUUUGAGAACAAGCGUAUUGCGAUAAUCGGAAACGGUGCAACUGCUGCGCAGAUUGUCCCGGAGGUGGCCAAAGUCGCUUCGCACCUUACCGUAUACCAGCGUACUCCUAACUGGGUGAUACCGCGAUUCGACAGCGCUAUAUCACCUCUUGAACAAGCUAUGCUGACAUACUUUCCCCCACUGCGUAUUCGCAAGCGCUCCCUCACUAUGGACUUCCGCGAGGACUUUCAUGAGGUUGUCAGAGAUCCGCAAUCAAAAGCAGCAGAGCUGAUUCGCGGCAUGACCGAACAGGCCUUGCGGACACAACUGACAAAUAAGCCCGAGCUCUGGGAUAAGCUCACCCCAAAAUAUGCCCCUGGGUGUAAGCGACUGAUCUUGACAGACGAUUACUACCCAGCGCUUGGUCGAGAAAAUGUGGAUCUGGAGACCCGACGUAUUUUGCGCGUCACGGGAGCCGGAAUUGUAGUGGAAGGCGGCGUCCAGCAGGAGUAUGAUCUAAUUAUCCUUGCAACUGGGUUCAAGACCGUGGAAUUUAUGUGCCCAAUUGAGGUCCACGGCGCCAAGGGUCGACCACUGUCGGAUAUCUGGAAGGACGGUGCCUCUGCCUACCACGGAGUUACGGUAGAGGAUCUCCCAAACUUUGGGAUGUUUUAUGGACCGAAUACAAACCUUGGACAUAGCUCCAUUAUUCUUAUGAUCGAGGCGCAAUCGCGAUAUCUCAACGCCUUAGCCGCCAGAGUCCUCAAAGCUCGCACACAAGGCAAGACACUAGUCAUAAAACCAAACGUCGGUGCGCUGCAAAAGUAUAAUAUGGAGCUCCAAGAGGCGUUGGCAAGGAGUAGCUUUGCAGAUGCGAACUGCAGCUCGUGGUACAAGACGGAAGACGGCAAGAUCACCAACAACUGGUCCGGGACCGUGGUCGACUAUCAGCGUAACCUCUCCCAGCUGCGAUGGGUUGAUUAUGUCGUUGAAGGCUCAGCGAAGGAUACUGUUAAGCCGGGAGAAGUGACGAAUCUCGGCAGGGUCCACGAGGAAACGUACAUUAACAACCGCUCGUUGGCGUUGACGGCAGCGAGCAUGCUGGCGGUUGCCGGUGGUGUCUUUCUCCGAUGGUCGAAUGUGUUGCGAACUCGGUGA